UGCCACCAGAAGUAAUCGACAUUGGCGUUGCGGUGGGCCACAAUGACUUAUACAACUUGUAAAGCUUGAAUUGCAAGGAUUACGACUACCUCAUACACCAGAGCAAGCCCUUAAAAGGUAUGCCAAAAAAUAAGAGCUCUUUUUUCUAGAGUAUAACUGGAAACGUUUUUAUUGAUUAAAUCCACACGCACAAUGUUAUUCAGAAAACCGCCAAACAGAGGCUAAAUGAGAAACACAGAAAGAAGACGUCACUGAGGUCUUACUAACGAGCAACAAUACGGGAAUUAUGUUGAUGAUGGCAUGAAAAUAUCAAUAUUUUAUAGUGGAAUAGACCUGUAAAGCCCUCUGCAUGGAUGUUCAAAAUGACAUAUUUUAAGUUACUGAACGGCAGCAAUGAAGAAAUUGAACCACUGGAAGCAGAGAACACGAGCUUUUUGGACCACGUAUAUAAGAACACCACAAACAGCACCUGUAAGAACGUUACCUUGGAUUCACAGGUUAUUGGUGUCGGUAUCUUUUUGGCUGUAUUUAUUUUGGUGGCAAUCAUCGGAAAUAUAUUGGUCAUUCUCUCUGUGGUUUGCAAUAGACACUUGCAGACUGUUACAAACUACUUCAUUGUAAACUUAGCCAUUGCGGACUUACUCCUCAGCAUUGUUGUGUUGCCUUUCUCCGCAUCCUUGGAAGUCUUUGGAUGCUGGAUCUUCGGCCGGGUUUUCUGCAACAUUUGGGCAGCUGUGGACGUUUUGUGCUGCACAGCAUCCAUCCUAAGCCUCUGCAUCAUCUCCAUAGACCGAUACAUAGGCGUGAAACACUGCUUGAAGUAUCCAACCAUAAUGACAGAGAGAAAAGCUGGAGUGAUUCUUGUGGUGGUCUGGGUGUCUUCUAUGGUCAUUUCUAUCGGUCCACUCCUGGGAUGGAAAGAGCCACCACCUUUGGACGAAAGCAUCUGCAGAAUUACAGAGGAGCCGGGCUAUGCCCUCUUUUCAUCACUGUUUUCGUUUUAUCUCCCACUGAUGGUUAUCCUUGUAAUGUAUUUUAGAGUGUAUAUAGUAGCCCGAAGGACAACCAAAAGUUUAGAAGCAGGAGUAAAACGGGAGAGAAAUAAAUCAAUGGAAGUUGUGUUACGAAUACACUGCCGGAACAUAACGGAGGACGCUGGCACAAGUGCUAAGGGUAAAAACCACCCUUUCCGCAGUUCACUUUCCGUGCGCUUGAUGAAGUUUUCCAGGGAGAAAAAGGCUGCUAAAACUCUGGCCAUUGUCGUUGGGAUGUUCAUCUUGUGUUGGUUACCAUUCUUCUUCAUUUUACCAGUCGGCUCCUUCUUCCCCAAGCUGAAGCCUUCUGACAUGGUGUUCAAAGUGAUUUUCUGGCUGGGCUACUUCAACAGCUGCAUCAACCCUGUCAUCUACCCCUGCUCCAGCAAGGAGUUCAAGCGGGCCUUCACGCGCCUGCUCCACUGCCAGUGCCAGCGGCGGAGACGAGUCUUGCGGCGCUACUAUGAUCAGCGCUGGCGCACGGCAGUCAGGGGAGGGCCUGGACGGGACCUGCGUGCAGAUUACCGAUCAGGCUUCUCUGUCACGGAGGCCUGUGGCAACUCUGUCUUUGCGUAUCGCAGCAAGGGCCGCAGCUUUAGCGUGAAAGGCUGGAACCUCUUCCCGCCACUGCAGAAGUCCUCCUUCCAACUGAAGGAGAAGAUGAACAAUCUCUCCAACAAAAUCCGAAGUGGUCAGGGCCGGGCCUCCACACCGACGCUCGGCAGGACUGAGAUUGACACAAUCUCCAUGGGGAUCUACGAAUGCCCGGAGCAGAGCAGCUAUCAGAUAUAUGACCUCACAGACUGUUACAGCCUGAAGGAGACGGAUAUUUAAACAAUUGAAAAUGCUGCUUUUCAUUUGGGCUGAUGCAGGGACAAGUAGGCAAACAAGACUGAUUUGUACAAAUUGCCUUUAAAUGUUCAAACAAUGUAUAUGUCCUUUAUAAAUCUUUCGUCCUUGAUAAAGUCUUAAUCAAGUCACUUUAAUGAAAGCACAACCGUUGUAAUUAUGGUAUUGUUGACUGAGAUGUGUUUAAAAUAUGUGGAGAGUAUACAUUGGGUUGAUGUACGUGCAUUGCAGAGUGAAAAUGGGAUGUUUGAAACUAUGGAGCUGAAUGAAGUAAUGAUAUGACUUGUUAACACUACCAAAAUACACUGUUCAAAAAUCAUAUGUGAAAUGUCACCACUUGAUCUCAAGACAUCUUGGCCUCAAGACGUCUUGGCCUUUAAAGCAUUCUGCUGCUCACCAACCAGCUUGACGGAGUGGAAGUGAACUUGCUGUUUGUCUUUCCACAGAAUACAAACCCUUUAUGUCAAAUACAGUCACACAAAAGAAACUCUGAUAUGUCUCUCACUGGAUUUCCUGGGUGUAACAGAUGGGUAUAUUGUAGACCAGGGAUGGACAACUGGAGGCCCGGGGGCCACAAGCGGCCUGCCUCCUCACUCAGUGUGGCCCGUGGAUAAGACACUAAUUUAAAAAAUAAUGACCAGAUUUUUUUCUGAAUGACAACUGAAUCCAUCCUUAAUCUUGUUGGCCAAUAGACUACACUUCUAUUCCUUCCAAACGAUAUGGGCUGUCAGUAAGCAACCAACAGCACCUCAAACUCGAGUUGCAGAUCCGUGGUUAUGUGGCCCUCCGAUAGUGGCGAUGAAAAAACAUGGCCCUCCUCAUCAUGAAAGUUGCCCAUCCCUGUUGUAGACAGAAAAGGCAGAGUCUGUGUGGCCCCAGAGUCUCCUUUGGUAGAAACACAGGAGAGAUGUCUUUGUUCGACAUAUUCUACAGCUGAUUAGCUCUUAUCAUCAGGUACUCAGUUUCAUGAUGUGCAAAAAUAUGCUUUCCUCUUAUGUUUGUUGAUGUGAUUCAUGUGGUUUGCCAGUGUCUGAUAUAAAAUGAA